CGGCGCGGAGGCGGCGGCUGCAGGCGCCGGGGCGCAGUAGCGGACGGGGUGGGCGCGCGGCCAGGCGCCUCCCCGGCCCCCGCGACCCAACUCCGCCCGGGCCGGAGUAAGUUGCUGCCGCCGGCGGAGAGCGGGACUGCGAAGCCACCGGGACGCCAUGCCGGCGGUCAAGAAGGAGUUCCCGGGCCGCGAGGACCUGGCCCUGGCUCUGGCCACGUUCCACCCGACCCUGGCCGCGCUGCCGCUGCCGCCGCUGCCGGGCUACCUGGCGCCACUGCCCGCGGCGGCGGCCCUCCCCCCGGCCGCCUCUUUGCCCGCCUCGGCCGCCGGCUACGAGGCUCUGCUGGCCCCGCCGCUCCGCCCCCCGCGCGCCUACCUCAGCCUGCACGACGCCGCCCCGCACUUGCACCUGCCCAGGGACCCGCUGGCCCUCGAGCGCUUCUCGGCCACCGCGGCCGCGGCCCCGGAUUUCCAGCCGCUGCUGGACAACGGCGAGCCGUGCAUCGAGGUGGAGUGCGGCGCCAACCGCGCGCUGCUCUACGUGCGCAAACUCUGCCAGGGCAGCAAGGGCCCGUCCAUCCGCCACCGCGGCGAGUGGCUCACGCCCAACGAGUUCCAGUUCGUCAGCGGCCGCGAGACGGCCAAGGACUGGAAGCGCAGCAUCCGCCACAAAGGGAAGAGUCUGAAGACGCUUAUGUCCAAGGGGAUCCUGCAGGUGCAUCCUCCGAUCUGCGACUGCCCGGGCUGCCGAAUAUCCUCCCCGGUGAACCGGGGGCGGCUGGCAGACAAGAGGACAGUCGCCCUGCCUGCUGCCCGGAGCCUGAAGAAGGAGCGGACUCCCAGCUUCUCUGCCAGCGAUGGUGACAGCGACGGGAGUGGUCCCACCUGUGGGCGGCGGCCAGGCUUGAAGCAGGAGGAUGGCCCGCACAUCCGUAUCAUGAAGAGAAGAGUCCACACCCACUGGGACCUGAACAUCUCUUUCCGAGAGACGUCCUGCAGCCAGGACGGCAACCUUCCCACCCUCAUAUCCAGCAUCCACCGCAGCCGCCACCUCGUGAUGCCCGAGCAUCAGAGCCGCUGUGAAUUCCAGAGAGGCAGCCUGGAGAUCGGCCUGGGACCUGCAGGUGACCUGUUGGGCAAGAGGCUGGGCCGCUCCCCCCAUAUCAGCAGCGACUGCUCUUCGGAGAAGAGGGCACGAAGCGAAUCCCCCCAAGUAGAAGCACUGCUGCUGCCGCCAGAGCUGGGGCCCAACAUGGCCCCGGAGGACCACUACCGUCGGCUCGUGUCGGCGCUGAGCGAGGCCAGCACCUUUGAGGACCCUCAGCGCCUCUACCACCUGGGCCUCCCCAGCCACGGGUCACUCCGGGAUGCAGUCGGACCUCCCGCCCGCUGCACUCAGCCUCCCAGGCCCCAGCCGCCCGCCUGGCAGGGGAGCUUGGCUUUUCGGGCUAGAGAUCUCCUGAGGGUCCGGCAGGAGGUGGCAGCUUCAGCUCUGAGGGGCCCCAGUGGCCUGGAAGCCCACCUGCCCUCCUCCGCGGCAGGUCAGCGCCGGAAGCAGGGCCUGGCUCAGCACCGGGAGGGCGCCGCCCCAGCUGUCGCCCCGUCCUUCUCGGAGAGGGAGCUGCCGCAGCCGCCCCCCUUGCUGUCGCCCCAGAAUGCCCCUCACAUCGCCCUGGGCCCCCAUCUCAGGCCCCCCUUCCUGGGGGUGCCCUCGGCUCUGUGCCAAACCCCAGGCUACGGCUUCCUGCCCCCAGCCCAGGCGGAGAUGUUCGCCCGGCAGCAGGAGCUCCUGCGGAAGCAAAACCUGGCCCGGCUGGAGCUGCCCGCCGAUCUCCUGCGGCAGAAGGAGCUGGAGGGCGUGCGCCCACAGCUGCUGGCGCCCGAGGCCGCCCUGCGCCCCAACGACGGCGCCGAGGAGCUGCAGCGGCGCGGGGCCCUGCUGGUGCUGAACCACGGCGCGGCGCCAUUGCUGGCCCUGCCCCCCCAGGGGCCCCCGGGCUCCGGACCCCCCACCCCGUCCCGGGACUCUGCCCGGCGAGCCCCCCGGAAAGGGGGUCCCGGCUCUGCCUCGGCCCGGCCCAGCGAGUCCAAAGAGAUGACGGGGGCUAGGCUCUGGGCACAAGAUGGCUCGGAGGACGAGCCGCCCAAAGACUCGGACGGAGAGGACCCCGAGGCGGCAGCUGCUGGGUGCCGGGGGCCCACUCCGGGCCAAGCUCCAGCUGGAGGGGCCGGCGCCGAGGGGAAGGGGCUUUUCUCAGGGUCCACACUGCCCCCUCCGCUGCCCCUGGGCUUCCCCUAUGCCGUCAGCUCCUACUUUCACACAGGCGCCGUAGGGGGACUCUCCGUGGAUGGGGAGGAGGCCCCAGCCCCCGAGGACGUCAGCAAAUGGACCGUGGAUGAUGUCUGCAACUUCGUGGGGGGCCUGUCUGGCUGCGGAGAGUACACUCGGGUCUUCAGGGAGCAGGGGAUCGACGGGGAGACCCUGCCACUGCUGACGGAGGAGCACCUGCUGAGCACCAUGGGGCUGAAGCUGGGGCCCGCCCUUAAGAUCCGGGCCCAGGUGGCCAGGCGCCUGGGCCGAGUCUUCUACAUGGCCAGCUUCCCUGUGGCUCUGCCACUGCAGCCACCAAUCCUGCGGGCCCCGGAGCGAGAACUCGGCACAGGAGAGCAGCCCUUGUCCCCGAAGACGGCCACGUCCCCCUAUGGAGGGGGCCACACCCUUGCUGGUCGAGCUUCACCCAAGCAGGAGAAUGGGACUUUGGCUCUGCUUCCAGGGGCCCCUGACCCUUCCCAGCCUCUGUGUUGAGGUGGCCGGGGGUACGGGGUGGGGCCACACAAAUCUGCAGGAGCCACCACUCACUACAAUGGCCCUGCCUCCCACAGCUUUAUUUCUUUUGGUUUUGGAUGCAAAACAAAAAAUUUUGAAGGAAAAUGUGACUUCAAAGGAAAGGAGGAAAUUUCCAAAGACUUGGGGGAGUGAAUGUAGAGCCUGGUGCAGCCGAGGUCUGCAGAUGGAGGGCAGAGGUGGUGGAAGGGGCCAGGGGUCUGCAGGCCUCCCCCUGGAACUAGGACUGGUCUAGUCUCCUGACAUCAGGGUCAUCGUCUCCCCAGCGGAGCUGGCUUCAGCCCAGAGCUGUGGGGCUUCGGCAGCCACGCCAGCCCAGCACAGCUCUCAGUCCGUUUGGUCUUCCAUGCUGAAAAAUAAAUAAAGCCUGUCCCCUGUC